AUGAUUCACACGGUCGUGCAGUGCGUUUUGUUUUUCUUAACCAUCUAUUGCUACCGGGCGUGGCUCAAUAGGCGGAAAUGGCAGUUAUUACGUCGUCUACCGGGUCCCGCGAAUCUUCCGUUCAUCGGUGCAAUGUACCUCAUACCCGGGACAGAUACGACCCAGUACCUAAGCACCCUGAUCGAAUUGACUGCAAACUACGGAUCGCCGCUGUGUGUCUGGUUGGGUCCUUUGCCGGUGGUUAUCGUAAGCACUGCUGAUCACGCUCGGUCUGUUCUCACUUCUCCUGCUACGAUGGAGAAGGCUAGCUUUUAUCGGUUUACUCCACUACGCGGAAUUUUCUCGUUGCCCGUAAACCAAUGGCGCCCGCAUCGUAAAGUUAUCCAACCGACAUUCAAAUUGUCAAUACUUCAAAGUUUUAUUCCACUGUUUGAACAAAAAGCCAACAUAAUGGUACAAAAUUUGUCUGAAAAAGCGGACCAGUGUCACACGUUCGAUAUCUACCGGUUUACGGCCAGGUGUACGCUCGAUAUGAUUUUUGCCACUACAUUGGGCACUAAUAUGCACAUCCAGGAAACCCCCACGUGCAGCUAUUUGGAGGUGUUGGAAGAACUUUUCGAAAUAGUAACUGUGAGGGCAGUGAACAUUUUCCUACACCCAGAAUGGCUUUACCAAUUUACUUCGGUAUAUAGGAAAGAAGCAAGAGCAUUGAAGGAAUUUUGCCACCCAUCGAAACACAUUCUGUCCCAGCAAAAACAUGACCAUACAACGCCCUCGAAUAGUCUUAUAGAUCAGUUACAGAACGCAAUGGCGUGCGACGGAACGACGGCCGACAUCGAGCGGGAACUGAACACCAUUAUAUUCGCUGGAAAUGAAACGAGUGCAAUGACCGUUGCAAAUACAAUCCUCCUGAUCGCCAUGCACCCACCUGUGCAACACAAGCUGAUGGACGAGAUACGGACACAUUUCGGACAUGAUGUUAGCAAUAUACACUACGAAACUUUGAACAAGCUCACCUACAUGGAGAUGGUUCUGAAGGAGUCACUAAGAAUGCUUCCGGUUGCGGCAGUCAUUGGCCGAAAAACUACAGCAGACAUCGACCUGGGAGAUUACCGGUUACCAGCAGGGGUUGACAUUUUGAUAGACAUAUUUGACAUGCACCGGAACCCAACCUAUUGGGGUCCGGAUGCUGAUCGUUUCCGUCCAGAGAGGUUCGAAACGAUCAGCUACGAUCGAUUCUCCUUCCUUCCGUUCAGUGCUGGGCCAAGGAAUUGUGUUGGUCUGCGAUAUGCAUGGAUUUCGAUGAAAAUAAUGCUACUGAAAGUGCUUGCUCGGUAUAGUUUAGAAACGGAUCUAAAGUUGGCCGACUUGGGUAUGAAAAUGGCCCUAACGAUGAAAAUCGUUAACGGGCAUAUGGUGCGCUUGAAGAGCAGACAAUGA